UACGCAAUGUACAACAUAUGGGUAGUAUUCACAUUUGUCGCACUAUGGCAUGACAUAUCACUUAAACUAUUGACAUGGGGAUGGCUUAUAUCAUUGUUCAUCUUGCCUGAGCUGAUCGUUACGAGUUUAUUCACCGAAAAGAAGUUUGGAGAUAAGCCAUACUAUCGGCAUGUGUGCGCGUGUGGAGCAGUUUUGAAUCUUUUGUUUAUGGUAUUUGCCAAUCUCGUCGGAUUUGUUGUCGGACUAGACGGCGUCUGGGAUAUAUUGAAAUUGAUAUUCAUGACCGUAGAAGGAGUGCAAUUCUUUGUAUUGAGUUUUAUGGCACUAUUUACGGCCACACAAAUUAUGUUUGAAAUCAGGGAGGAAGAAAAGAGACGAAAUAUUGAUAGGAAUAGAUC